AUGAGUUUAAUAAGUAUACCGCAUUCAUUUCUAAAGUGUGCCAUGUCUGGAGUUAGUCGAAGAUUUGGCGAUAUUCUUGGUAUUUCAAAGUCUAUAACGCGGUAUGGCGGAAAGCAUAGCGGCUCGCGUUCAAAACUUGAGCGCAAAGUGCUCGAGGAAAUGACUGCUGGCUGCUACUCUCGGUAUCUUGCGAACUACAACUGCUUCGUGCUACUACAGUGGCGAGAGAUCGAAGGAGUCGGACGUGCAAAUAGGGCGCGGAUGUGGAGGAGGCUUUGUGAGGGCGUCAAUGAGGCUUAUAGAACGUCAGGUGCCGCGUCUGGUGCCGCGUCGAGCGCGGAAAAUAUAGGUAUCCCGCCUUCGCCGGUUUUCUUCGAACAUCCACUGGACACUCGGCUAUUCGCCCGCGUUUUGCAGACAAAGCAUCUAUGCCAAAAGCAGAAGCUCCUUUGCUCUUUCCAGCGGCUUUCCUCUCCGGAAUCCGCUACUGCACUUCUUCAGUAUCUCGAACUGGCCGCGAAGCCAGCGGACCGCAGCGACGGAGACGCCGCCUUCGAGCCCGUUGUGGUCGGCGUCAAGCUUGCAUCCCGCGACUCCAGCGUGGUGUCGCACAUACAACCGCUGCUUGAAGAGUCCUCUAAGAUGUACCAAGAUCUCAACUACGAGAAGCUGCUCCAAAUUGCCAAGUGUAAAUCGAUUGGCGACGCAGACCCAGCGAAGUCGCAGGCGAAGAAGGUACUCGUGGCUCUAGCCGAGAACAAGCUGUCCAAGCCAAGGCUUGCCGACAACCAGCAGUGGCUUUUGUUCACGUCGUAUGCGCAAGGGUGA